AGAAGGCAAGGCUGGCAUGCAGAGCACAACUAAACCAUCCUAGGCUGCUAUCAUAGAUAUGCCCCAAUUGCCAAUACCUGGGUAAGGAAAAAAGAAAAGAAGUGAGGCUUGGAUAAACCCCAUACUUAAGUGAGGUACCUGCAGAAAACCCAUCACCUUUUUCCUGUUUCCUUUUGGCAUUUGAUUGAUAUAUCCUCCUUCACUCCUCUCUUCCUUCCCUUUCCCUGCAUACCUUAAACUCUAAAACAAGGCCGAGCUUGUCACCUGAGAUUAAUCGGCGUUGUGUCACUGUUGGAGAGUUAUCAUUUUGUCAAAAUCAUACAGCACCGUUAGGAAAAUUGUGGAGGAGAUUUUUUGAAGGAAGAAAGGAAGAAAGUGGGGCAGAGAUCGAAAGAGAUAUUGCAAAGAUGGUGGUCACUCCAGAGGGAAUGAUAGGAAUCCUUUGGUCCUUCGUUGUUUUCGAUGCUAUAUUUCUGGCCAUUCGACUGUACCUGGUUAUCACUCGACCUCGUCUGACUCUCGCAGCUUUCGCCAGCGAAGCUUGCGUUUUCACGGCCUUCUUACUGAUCUUAUUAGAGACGUCGUCGACAACAGUGUACCAGGCAAUGCGAAUCAAGUAUCGCGAUGACCCCACGAUACCAAAAUCGCUGGGUAUGCCUAGAGAAACGCUGACUCUAAUAUUCAAGUUCCAACUAGCGGAGGUCGAGAUGUACAUUACUGGAGUAUGGCUCGUGAAGGGCUCUUUCUUAGCGUUGUACUUUGACAUAUUCCGUUCUCUACCGCCUCGAAUUAAGGGCAUGCUUCAAUUCACGACGUUUUACACUAUCUUGAGUUGGUUCGCAAAUUUCUUGCUACCCCUGGUGUAUUGUCGCCCGCUCAGGCUUGUAUGGUCAAUUGAGAACCAUUGUACUUCCUUCCGUUCAACAUUCGGAACAACAUUUCCAAUGGUGACAAAUGUGACUACUGAUUUACUGAGUACGUUCCCACCAUCGAAAUGCGAUACCCGAAACAUACUGACAUGAGAAAAAAAAACCCAAUUGAAGUCAUGGUAAUCCCAAUCUUGGUACUGAGGACAUUGAACCUCCGAAAAUCCGAAAUGGUCGCAAUCGCCUUCUUACUAUCGCUCGGCUGUCUCACCAUAAUCGCGGCACUACUCAGAUACGCCUAUGUCACCAAGCGCAACGCCUUGGGUAAGAGCGGUAGCCCAAACUUGGUAACGUAAUACAAACCCCUCCCGGUCCACUCCAUCCUCUGUCCCACCUGCCCCACUCCGCUUAGGUCCUGUCAUCUGCCCCUCACCCGAAUUCAAGGAAAAAGCGAUAUUAACCCACCACCUCCACUAACAGCCAAGCCCAAAUCUGGUCUUACGCCGAAUGUUGUAUCGCCGUGUUCGCCGCAUGCUUGCCCGCCGGGCGCGUCCUCCUCGCCCGUUGCAAGCUUCGAAACGCAUCGGGCGGCAGUUCCAGUCGCGGACACAGCAGCUUCUCUGUAAAGAUGGGCAAGAAACAGGUUUGUUUGCCGGAACGCAGGAGCGCGGGUGAGCAUGGACUUGUCGUUUUCAAGGCUACGAGUUUUGGCGUUGAUAGUACAGCUGAGUUGACGGGAGGGCAGGUGAGUUCUGAGGGCAGAUCUUCGCGGGGGAGCCAUGUAUCCCCGCCGGACAGGUUGGCGAACCUGAGGCCGGUUUAGUUAGCGGUUGGGCCUUGUGCCUCCUUUGUUUUUUUCUUCCGUUUUUUUUGGAGGGGGGGAUAGUUUGGGCCUAUCGGACUUUCUGUUUUUGUCUUGCCACGCUGGGUAGAUGGGUGCGGGUCCCGGUAUUAGGGACGAGAUGUGACCCUCGGCCAGAGGAAAGGAUAGUGAUGGAUAGAGUGGAGAAGCGCUAUCGGGAGGUCAUGGUCUAAAAGCAGGGGGAACCCGAGAGGUUAUUCACGAUGGUAAUGGUGGUAAUGUUAUGAAGAAUUCAUCAAGCUCGGGAGCUCUUGUUUUCUCCAAAAGACCCAAAUCCCACACCACACCACAGAACUCGCCAAGGGAAAGCCAUAGAAUAGAAAGGCUGGAUAAGAUGGAAGGGUGCUCUCAGAGAAAAUCAAAAUCAAAAGCUUAUCAUAAUAACAACGAAAUUUAUGAGACUAAGCCUCGCAUGCCUGCCUGGCAAAAACCAGGUUCAUUUUUUCUUGCCCUCCUUAGCUCGUCAAUCUCACUUUCUUUCCUUCAGGAUCGCGCAACGUUUCCCUUUUCCAUUUUUGUAUUUAGAGUAUGGAUACUGUCUAAUCUAGACCGCAUGACAUUGCAUGACAUUGCAUACUCUCCUAUAGACGCGAUAUUACUCGCACAUUUUCUGGAUGGAGUCCGGAGGUGUGGUAUUUGA